CCCUAGAUUCUUCCGGUCUUCGCGGCCAAUCAGAGCUCUUGGGAAGCGGGGAGGGCCGACAGAGACGAGGCCCCGCGAGCCGCUGCCGCCGCCGCCGCCGCGGAAGAGGCGGUGGAGGGGAGGAGGAGGAGCAGAAGAAGAAGGCUGAGCUGAGGCCGAGGCCGAGGCUGAAGCCGAAGCCGAGGCCAGACCUUCCGACAUGGCCCAGAGCGGGAAUAGUGGGAACCCGUUCGCCGAAUCCAGCGAGUUUGACAACCCCUUCCAGGACCCAGCCGUCACCCAGCACCGACCCAGCCCCCAGUAUGCCACCCUCGAUGUCUACAACCCUUUUGAGAACCGCGAGUCAUCACCUUCCUAUGAGCCACCCACCCCCCCACCUCCACCAACAGCCCAGCCCCACCAGCAGCCUUCCAGAAAACUCAGCCCUACAGAACCCAAGAAUUAUGGCUCCUAUAACACUCAGGCUUCAGCUGCAGCAGCCACCGCAGAACUUCUGAAAAGGCAGGAAGAGCUCAAUCGAAAGGCAGAGGAGCUGGACCGGCGGGAGAGAGAGCUGCGGCAUGCAGCUCUGGGGGGUUCUGCUACCCGACAGAACAACUGGCCCCCACUGCCCUCAUUCUGUCCUGUCCAGCCCUGCUUCUUCCAAGACAUUUCCAUGGAAAUUCCCCAGGAGUUCCAGAAGACAGUGUCUACCAUGUACUACCUCUGGAUGUGCAGUACCUUGGCCCUUCUCCUGAAUUUCCUUGCCUGCCUGGCCUCCUUCUGUGUGACCCCUAUUUCCAGUGGCUCUAGUUUUGGCCUCUCCAUUCUCUGGGCCCUACUCUUCACACCCUGCUCCUUUGUCUGCUGGUACCGCCCUAUGUACAAGGCUUUCAGGAGUGACAGUUCGUUCAAUUUCUUCGUUUUCUUCUUCAUUUUCUUCGUCCAGGACGUGAUAUACGUGCUGGCGGCUAUCGGCAUCCCAUCAUCAGGAUUCAGUGGCUGGAUCUCGGCCCUGAUGGUGCUGAAGAUCAACACGGUUGUGGCUGUCCUCAUGCUGCUAGUCGCCCUGUUCUUCACUGGCAUUGCUGUGCUGGGCAUUGUGAUGCUGAAGCGGAUCCACUCCCUGUACCGCCGCACAGGUGCCAGUUUCCAGAAGGCCCAGCAAGAGUUUGCCGCCGGAGUCUUCUCCAACCCCGCAGUGCGCACGGCUGCGGCCAACGCGGCCGCGGGGGCAGCCAACAAUGCCUUCCGGGCCCCAUAAAGUUCUCCUCACCUACUUCCCCCUCCCCGGCUGGACACCCCAACCUUGGCUCUGGAUGAAGCUGGCUCUACUCCCCUUAGAUCUCUCCUAGGGUCGGUUUUGGGGAAGGACGGAUACUUUUAUUCCUUGUCUCUUCUCCUUUACCUGUGGCCGUGAGAACUGGCCUGCCCAAGAGGGUGAGGGGGACCCAGGGGCGCUGCUCCCAGUCCCAACCACUGCCCAACUCGGCCCCCUUCCCCAGGCCUCUCUGCUGCUGCCCCCUUCUCUCCCCUCCCCCCGCCCCCCCUCCCGGGAGCCCCGCUUCCCUUUGCUGUGCCAAGGCUAAUGCUUCAGUUAUUUAAAUAAAGGAAAGUCGAGCUUGGA